CUCACACACACACACACAAUUCAAAGUUGGACAAAGUAAGAAAGAGGCUAUAAUUGGCGUGGGAAAGAGGACUUGCCUACAAGCUUUGGCUUCUUUGGGAUUAGAUAUUUCCGAAAGCUGAGGUGAGGUCAAUUGAAGAGAAGACCCAAAGGAGUUGUGGGGAGUUGUGGAACCCUAAAGUAAAGGUAGGAGGUUGGUUCGCUCUUGGAUCUGAUCAAAGUAAUUAGAUAUUAAGAUGGGGAGGGGAAAGAUUGAAAUCAAGAGGAUUGAGAACACGACGAAUCGGCAAGUGACCUUCUGCAAACGAAGAAAUGGGCUGCUGAAGAAAGCAUAUGAACUAUCCAUUCUCUGUGAUGCUGAAAUUGCCCUCAUUGUCUUCUCUAGCCGGGGCCGUCUCUACGAGUACUCUAACAACAACAGUAUAAGAAACACCAUAGAGAGGUACAAGAAGGCAUGUUCAGAUAGCACAGGACCAUCUUCUAUUACUGAAAUUAAUGCUCAGUAUUAUCAACAGGAAUCGGCAAAACUGAGGCAACAGAUUCAAAUGCUGCAGAACUCUAACAGGCACUUAAUGGGAGAUGCCUUGAGUAAUCUGACUGUGAAAGAACUAAAGCAGCUGGAGAAUAAGCUUGAACGAGGCAUGACUAGAAUCAGGUCCAAGAAGGAUGAAAUGCUGAUUGCAGAGAUUGAGUACUUGCAGAAAAAGGAGAUUGAGCUGGAAAACGAAAAUGUUUAUCUUCGAACUAAGAUAUCAGAAGUUGAGAGGCUUCACCAGGCAAACAUGGUUUCUGUGCCAGAGAUGAAUGCAAUCCAGGCAUUAGCUUCUCGCAAUUUCUUUAGCCAGAAUAUCAUUGAGGGUGGAGGAGCUACCUUCCCACAGCAAACCAAGAAGAUUCUCCAUCUUGGGUAAUUAAUUAGCUUUUUGGAGGCAGAAUCUUCAAAUGCAGGAAAUGCUACCUCUGUCACCUCAAUCUUCUUAAUUAUAUCGAGAUAUUAAUAUGAUGAUUUAUCUUCUCUCAUGUGUUCGGAACGAACAUUGACUUUUUCAACAAGAUUUCUAAUUAGUAGCUUAAUUAUGUAUUUGUAAGGAUUGUAAUAUGACUUUGGGAUUUAGUACCUAGUACUACCCAGAAUAAUUUUUUUUUAAAAUACUACGCAGAAUAAUUACUACACUAUGUCUUGUAAUUUAAUUAAUUAGCUUAAUUAGGGCAGUGAUGAUGAACUAUUCGUUACAUACGAUGAGAUAAUGAGUAGCUGGGUUUCCCAGUUUC